AUGCUAUCCACGAGUUCGCCAAAUCGCCCACCUGUCUCCCUUUCCGUCGCGCGUCACGUCACCAUCUCGUCGCCCGUCUCGUCGCCCUCUUCGUCGCCCUCUCUCCCCUCCUCUCCUCCCGUCGGCCUCUCUCUCACGCCCCUCCCUACCGAUCGCCCUCCCGUCGCUCGCCUCGUCGCGCUCUCUCUCUCCGCUCCCUUCCCGUCGCCCUCUCUCUCGCCCCUCCCUUCCUGUCGCGCUCUCUCUCUCCGCGCCCUUUCCGUCGCCCUCUCUCUCGCCCCUCCCUUCCCAUCGCUCUCUCUCUCUCUCCGCUCCGCCCUCUCUCUCGCUCCUCCUUCGAAUCGCGCUCUCUCUCCGCUCCCUUCCCGUCGGCCUCUCUCUCCGCUCCCUUACCGUCGCGCUCUCUCUCUCCGCUCCCUUCCCCUCGCCCUCUCUCUCGCCCCUCCCUUCCCGUCGCGCUCUCUCUCACCGCUCCCUUCCCGUCGCCCUCUCUCUCGCCCCUCCCUUCCCGUCGCGCUCUCUCUCUCCGCUCCCUUCCCAUCGCCCUCUCUCUCGCCCCUCCCUUCCCGUCGCGAUCUCUCUCUCCGCUCCCUUCCCGUCGCCCUCUCUCUCGCCCCUCCUACCCGUCGCGCUCUCUCUCUCCGCUCCCUUCCCCUCGCCCUCUCUCUCGCUCCUCCUUCGAAUCGCGCUCUCUCUCCGCUCCCUUCCAGUCGGCCUCUCUCGCCGCUCCCUUCCCGUCGCGCUCUCUCUCUCCGCUCCCUUCCCCUCGCCCUCUCUCUCGCCCCUCCCUUCCCGUCGCGCUCUCUCUCUCCGCUCCCUUCCCGUCCGCUCCCUUCCCGUCGCCCUCUCUCUCGCCCCUCCCUUCCCGUCGCGCUCUCUCUCUUUCCGCUCCCUUCCCAUCGCCCUCUCUCUCGCCCCUCCCUUCCCGUCGCGAUCUCUCUCUCCGCUCCCUUCCCGUCGCCCUCUCUCUCGCCCCUCCUACCCGUCGCGCUCUCUCUCUCCGCGCCCUUCCCGUCGCCCUCUCUCUCGCCCCUCCCUUCCCAUCGCGUUCUCUCUCUCCGCUCCGCCCUCUCUCUCGCUCCUCCCUUCGAAUCGCGCUCUCUCUCCGCUCCCUUCCCGUCGCGCUCUCUCUCUCCGCUCCCUUCCCAUUGCCCUCUCUCUUUCUGCUCCCUUCCCAUCCUCCCUUCUCGCUCGCCUCGAAUAGCCCUCCCGGCGACCUUCGACUCUCCCAUCACGUAUGCCCUCCUUUCUCUGUCGCCUCUCUCGUUCUCCCUCUGCUAUCGCGUCAGCGUGACCCAUUCCGUACUCUGUUAUUGUGUUUGGUUUGUUGGUUUUUUCUGUCUUUCCAUCUAUUCUCGACACCCUCUCUCCCGCCGCCUAUCCUCUCUCCCGUCGCCUAUCUUUUCUCCCGUCGCCCUCCCGUUUCCCGUCGCCCUCCCGUUUCCCGCCCCCCUCCCGUUUCCCGUCGCCCUCCCUUUUCCCGUCGCCCUCCCGUUUCCCGUCGCCCUCGCGUUUCCCGUCGCCCUCCCGUUUCCCGUCGCCCUCCCAUUUCCCGUCGCCCUCCCUUCUUCCGUCGCCCUCCCUUUUCCCGUCGCCCUCGCGUUUCCCGUCGCCCUCCCGUUUCCCGUCGCCCUCCCGUUUCCCGUCGCCCUCCCGUUUCCCGUCGCCCUCGCGUUUCCCGUCGCCCUCGCGUUUCCCGUCGCCCUCCCGUUUCCCGUCGCCCUCCCGUUUCCCGUCGCCCCCCUUCUUCCGUCGCCCUCCCGUUUCCCGUCGCCCCCCUUCUUCCGUCGCCCUCCCGUUUCCUACGCCCUCCCUUCCCGUCGCCCUCCCGUUUCCCGCCUCAAGUCCAAGGCAGCACAUUGA